AUGAAACAAAUGAGCAGCUGGAAAUUUGCCAAUCAUUUUAUCAGUGAAUCAGUCAGUCAAUCAAGGAAUGGGUCAAGUCAUGACUUUUCUUACAUAAACUUGUUCUUACUGACUUUAGUUUUACAACUCGACAUAGGGUUAGCGACUCCAAAUAUUCGCUUUCAAGAAAUUUAUUUUGACAAACAAUUCCAAAGUGUUUCAAAUUAUUUUCAACUUGUGUCCAGGCUAUCAAAUCCUUCCCGUUCCAAUGUAAACUUCUAUCCUCCCUUGCAGACGUGUUUGCCUUUAAAUUUGCCUUUUAGUCUUUGCUUAACAAAGUCACUUAAAAAGCUAGUGUACUUUACAGGUGAUAGCAAUUACCAACAAAUCCAGGCAAAGCUUUUAGUGUUUAAAUCUACUUAUCUGCAAAAAAUGAUUUGCUGUCAAGAAAGAUUUAAAAGAAACUUUAUGAAAAGCAUGACAAUCAAAUAUGACGUAAAUUCAAAACUGAAUGCUGUAACAGGUGAGGGAAACUCACCAAGAUCAUCCACAACGAUAUCCAUCGCCAUUGCAAAUUCUGCUGCAACAACAGUAGCAAAGGCGGCUGGGACUCCAGAUGGACCGACAUCCAUAUUUCUUCCUUCGUAUAUCAUGUAUCAAGCACAAAAGGUGAAAAACAAACGAAUUUCUAAUGUCGCUACUAGGUUAAUAUUUAGAAGUGAAAAACAACCCUCCGAAUAUCGCUUAGGAAAAGAACGCAAGUUAAGACGGGAAGGACAAAAUGCAAAUAAACGCCAAAAAAUAGCAGGAAUCCCAUCUAGAGUUAAAAUGAAAUCAGUAGGGUCCACGUCUGUGAACAUAGGGAGGAGAGACAUUAUUGCUCGAAAGCCUAAAUUCGCAUUUGUCCGUCAUUUUCAAGCUGGCAAAACUUGUGCAGGAAAAUGUGCAAGUGAUGCGAAAAAGAUGUUGAGAAAAUAUGAGGAGGUAGGAAGCUUUACUGAACAGCAAAUUUGCGGCCAAUCCCUCGGUGGUGAACGCGGUGACAGUUUAAAUUUUGUUGUCAAAAGUGACACAUCACUCUAG